AUGGAAAGUAAGGACAACUAUUUUGUAUUUUGAUCCCGGGGCUAAAACGACUUGUAAGGAUUUUAUAUAUUACAGUCUGCAAUGGCAGCUAUGUGUAUUUGAAAUCAUGGCCCAUGUAUGGAAUCCCUUACAGUCCAACCCUCAUUAAUGGACACCUUAUAGUAAGAUUACGCUCAGGCAUGGUACAAACUUGUGUCACAGACAUAAUCUGAUGGACCCCCAGCAGACUCAGUGAAUUACUUGUAUGCGUUUCAAAUUUCCUUCAACCUGAUUGGCAAAUCAACAAUGGCACUCUUAACAGGCCAAUCAUAAUGCAUGCUCGAAUCCUGGUACACAGUUGGAGCCAAGAACAAGGAUUGUAGGACUGUUUCGCAGACAGAUUCAACCAAAAGUUUAGUUCCAUCUGUGCCACAGGCUAUUAUGGUACAUGUACCAGGGACAUAAAAACACUUCAUUUGUUAUUACCCUAAAGCGGACACCCCUUCUAAGUGGACAUUUCGUGGUCCUAAGGGUGCUCCGUUAGCGAGGUCGGUUUUUUUUCUUGCACUGCCUCGGUAAAAGAUGUUGGGGUAACAGUUUUGUAUUCUUUGAAUUAUAGAGUGGAGGGAAAAUAAAAAAUAAAAUUAUUUUAAUAAAUUAAUAAAAUUCUGUUUUUUGUUGAUUUAGGUGUAUGCAAGAUAUUUGAAGAAUACCUUAAAAGAAGCAAUCCAAGCACUCCAUCCAUCACUUAUGACAUCAGUCAACUGUUCGACUACAUUGACAGCCUGACAGACUUAACUUGUUUAGUGUACCAGUCUGAACCAUUUUUGUUCAUAAAUUUAAGAUCACUUUUCAUUUAAAAUGCUCUUUAAACUCUGUAAAUCUUAAUAUCAGAAUGCAUUAAUCUUUGCACUCUUCCCUAUGCAUUUCUUUGGGUCAAAAUUAGGGGAAUCUAAUAAUCAACAGAUAGUUUUUUCCUUGGCAAUCAUUUCUCCUUUUUAAAAAUUUCUUUUAUGGCCUGAAUGUCUGAUGAGACAGUGUUAAUUUUUUUUAACUCUUUGAGCCUGAAUAACCACACACAAAUUCUCCAGACUGAACUCCACAGAGUUCCUUUAGAAUUCGACAAAAGACCAGAACUUGUUCCCUUUGGUGAGCAUUGUAUUAAUUCCCAUUAUCUUUUGUAUUGAUGCUGUUUGAAGAAAAUAAGUUGACAAUGGUCUUUAAAGCAUUAAAGGUGGAAAAUACAUGUACAGCUGUAUAUCCUGGCACCCAAUGUCAAAAUUCCAGAAAAAUCCCAUAUCUGAGUUAAUUUUGAAAAAUUGUCUCUGUCCCUAAGCUGGCCAUCAUUAGGGGUCUGACAUUUUUGUAGCCUCACACGAUACUAAAGUACUCACUAAAGAGUUUCUAUUUAUCAGGGUCAUCCCCGUUUCGUUUUCUUUGCUUUAUAGACUAUUAUCAGGGUUUGGUUCAUCAUUAAGGACGUUUUGUUUCCUUUUUUUUAUGUCAGCUGGGAGUGAUAAAUUAUAUUACACCAGAGUUGAGCCAUUUAUCACGACAAAAACAUUUCAUUAGUAUCUAUAGAUUUGGAUGACUUGAAAGUUUGGUUGUGUUGUUUGUUUUUUCUUUUACUCUUCAACAGGCGCUGCCAAAAAGAGCCAUAUUACGAGCCUCACAAUAAGGAAUGGAUAAAGGAGAAUAUCUACGUUAUGUUAAGAAAGCAGGCUGGAAAAUGACAACAUCAGAAGUCAAGACAGAGUUUACAUUCAUGAGAGUUUUGUACAAGAUUAUGGAGUUGUUUUUCAGGCAGCCUCAAAAUAGUCUUUUUUCAGAUGCAACAAUUUUCUUUUCCCAUUCACUCUCAAGUUAAAUUUAGUACUGACAAACAUGUGAAAGAACUACUAAUGGAGAGGUUUGGCAUGGUCACGCCACAGGAUUUUGCCAAACAGUUUCAAAAGUGAGAAUUUCCUAACAUACCAUUGUAAGUUCUUAAACUGUGAAAGUACCGCUGAAGGGACUUCAUUCGAAUGGUUAGUACCAUCAUUUGAAUGGUCACAUCCACAGACUAGAAAGUCACAACUUAAUCGCAAGUCUUCAUUAUUGAGUCUCAGAGUGAAUGGUUUAAGCUAUUUCAAGUUUACAGUUGGAGAACAAUGCUUCUUUUUCUUUGUUUUGUGACAUCGUGAGCUGUUGUUGUAACCAGUGUACAGGGGACUUCUUUUAGCAGAAAAAAAGAUGUAGUCUGAAACUUCCAGUGUGUAGUUUUGCUCUUUGUAAAAUUGUUUUUAUUUUAAUCUUGUUCUUUGGCUGUGUGCUAUUUCUGCCCAUAUCUAUUGUGCAGCUUGUACUUUGUUUCAGUUUCAAUAAAUAUUGUUGUUAAAACUUUCUUGUUUAAGUUGCUCAUCUUGUUCUUUCAUCAGUAAAUAGAUUAAACUAACAGUUACUGGUACAUCUAUUUCGAGGAAAAAACUGACUGUUUUUGCAGUCUACUGUCUGCUUGCAUUGUUUGCCCCCUUAAUUGGCUAAGCUAAUGCCAUGGAUGUCUAAUGAGGGGACCCCACAUAGAAUGCUCUUUCCCAUUUUCAACCUUGUGAAGAGCUGUUUUUGGAAUAAAAAAAACAAACAAACAAACAUUAACCACAAAGGACUGCAAAGGACCGCAAACGAAUAUACCGAAGAACGUAGGAUCUAUAAAGACCUGAUCAGCAAAAAUGAAAAGUAGACAUAUUAAAUUCUGCAAGCAGAAUACUGCAAUGCUGUUCGUACUACGUGAAAAUUAACUCUGCAAGACAUCAACACGACACCGAAAGAACUCAAAACAGAGCGGGAUUGUAGCCAUAGACAGCUGUUUCGCCCUCUUUGGGGCUCGUCAGUAUGGCGUAACAACACAGUGGAAAUUGCACGCAAUAAAUUAUCUUCCUUAAAGUAGAUGUGUCCAGUUUUCUUCUCAAAGAAACCUCCUGUGGUUCGAUUCUCAUAAGAGACCACCUCCUGUUAGCGACCACUAAGUCUGCGCAUUUUGGGUGGUCGCUUUCGGGAGGUUCGACUGCAGUCUCCUUUUCCAGUUCUUCGGCGGUGUCGGUUGGAACUUGUUUUGGUUCAUAAAAUUUGAUAAGGAGAAACAAAUCAGUGAAAGAAGGCAGAGCUGCUCGAGACGUCGUUGCGUGACAUUGUUGCUCCAACUUUUAGUUUAUGACUUCCUCUUACGCAGUGUAUCCCGUUCGCAAAUAAAAUUUCAAGGAAAAUGUACCUACCUAUUUUAGACAUACCGGAGGCGAAUUUACGAUAAUACAGAUGGAUGCUAAUACAAGGAAAAUAGGAAACGAAACGAGAGACAUGGGAUAUAGUUUACAUAAUAAUUCGGUGCUUUUAUAUAAUGCUUCUACGAGGUCGGUUUUUUAUUAUUAUUUUUUUGUGAACGGUUAAUUACUCUGAUAUUUUAACAUAAACUUUAUCAAAAAACGUUUUUUUACAUUCCAUACUAACCCUGAAUUGAAACAAAACUGGCUGCCGCAACAUUUCUCUACAAAUUUAACUUAUGCAAAUUUGUGACAUUUUUCCACUGGUGGUCACGAAACUUUUUAUUUUGUAAAGGCGAAUCCGGAGUACCCAGAUUUUUUAAUUCAUAUUCUGUAAAUAUAAGAGCUGAACUUUGUCCUAGUAUAAAUUUUGGCUAGGUAUCACACACGCCAAGGUGAGUUUUUUGCCUCCGAAGUUGCUCAUUUUUUAGCCAUUUUAAAAAGUGCCAUUGAUGGUAGUUUUUAAAAAACCAUAAAAAAUUCAAAAUCAAGUUUAUGGUUUAAAACAUACCAUGGAUAGAAAGAAAAGAUAGAAUGCUUUUAAACAAAAAUACUUCUGAUUUAUAGCUUUGAAUCUUGCUUCGGUAUAGACGCGAUAAAGUAGGUAAUUUUUACUCUAAUUUUUGCAUAAUUAAUUUAAGGCAAAAACCGCUAUUUUCGUUUUUUCUCAUUUUCUCGAAAACGAUAGAUUCUUGAAAGUUGAAAAUAUUUUUUUCGAAGAUAGUUCCCCAAUGGGGUUUUUCUGACAAAUUAUCAGAAUUUUCGAUUUUUUUAGCCUGGCCAGCGAUUCUCGAUAUUUACAGUCAUGGGCUCUUAAGAAUCCCAGCUGCCCAGAGGCAAACCAGUUGGCUAUUUACAAGCGUGGUCGAGGAUUUGAACUCAGGACUACCUAGAACAAGUCCAGCACUCUAACCACCCGGCCAUGCUGUCUCCGCAUGUAUGCAUAAUUUCUGAAAAGACAAAGGGUCAGGUUCCCCUUUUACCUCUAUUGGGAAAACGUAACAUACAAGCUAAAGAGGUCUAUUGCUUUCUUUCAUUUUGUUUCUUUAUAGAGUCACACAAUCCUCCUGAUACAGCCAACUUCAAAGCCGGAAUCACGGACAUACUCUGAUUAUGAAACAAAAGAAGAAUGCAUGGAAAGUAAGGACAACUAUUUUGUAUUUUGAUCCCGGGGCUAAAACGACUUGUAAGGAUUUUAUAUAUUACAGUCUGCAAUGGCAGCUAUGUGUAUUUGAAAUCAUGGCCCAUGUAUGGAAUCCCUUACAGUCCAACCCUCAUUAAUGGACACCUUAUAGUAAGAUUACGCUCAGGCAUGGUACAAACUUGUGUCACAGACAUAAUCUGAUGGACCCCCAGCAGACUCAGUGAAUUACUUGUAUGCGUUUCAAAUUUCCUUCAACCUGAUUGGCAAAUCAACAAUGGCACUCUUAACAGGCCAAUCAUAAUGCAUGCUCGAAUCCUGGUACACAGUUGGAGCCAAGAACAAGGAUUGUAGGACUGUUUCGCAGACAGAUUCAACCAAAAGUUUAGUUCCAUCUGUGCCACAGGCUAUUAUGGUACAUGUACCAGGGACAUAAAAACACUUCAUUUGUUAUUACCCUAAAGCGGACACCCCUUCUAAGUGGACAUUUCGUGGUCCUAAGGGUGCUCCGUUAGCGAGGUCGGUUUUUUUUCUUGCACUGCCUCGGUAAAAGAUGUUGGGGUAACAGUUUUGUAUUCUUUGAAUUAUAGAGUGGAGGGAAAAUAAAAAAUAAAAUUAUUUUAAUAAAUUAAUAAAAUUCUGUUUUUUGUUGAUUUAGGUGUAUGCAAGAUAUUUGAAGAAUACCUUAAAAGAAGCAAUCCAAGCACUCCAUCCAUCACUUAUGACAUCAGUCAACUGUUCGACUACAUUGACAGCCUGACAGACUUAACUUGUUUAGUGUACCAGUCUGAACCAUUUUUGUUCAUAAAUUUAAGAUCACUUUUCAUUUAAAAUGCUCUUUAAACUCUGUAAAUCUUAAUAUCAGAAUGCAUUAAUCUUUGCACUCUUCCCUAUGCAUUUCUUUGGGUCAAAAUUAGGGGAAUCUAAUAAUCAACAGAUAGUUUUUUCCUUGGCAAUCAUUUCUCCUUUUUAAAAAUUUCUUUUAUGGCCUGAAUGUCUGAUGAGACAGUGUUAAUUUUUUUUAACUCUUUGAGCCUGAAUAACCACACACAAAUUCUCCAGACUGAACUCCACAGAGUUCCUUUAGAAUUCGACAAAAGACCAGAACUUGUUCCCUUUGGUGAGCAUUGUAUUAAUUCCCAUUAUCUUUUGUAUUGAUGCUGUUUGAAGAAAAUAAGUUGACAAUGGUCUUUAAAGCAUUAAAGGUGGAAAAUACAUGUACAGCUGUAUAUCCUGGCACCCAAUGUCAAAAUUCCAGAAAAAUCCCAUAUCUGAGUUAAUUUUGAAAAAUUGUCUCUGUCCCUAAGCUGGCCAUCAUUAGGGGUCUGACAUUUUUGUAGCCUCACACGAUACUAAAGUACUCACUAAAGAGUUUCAAUUUAUCAGGGUCAUCCCCGUUUCGUUUUCUUUGCUUUAUGGACUAUUAUCAGGGUUUGGUUCAUCAUUAAGGACGUUUUGUUUCCUUUUUUUUAUGUCAGCUGUGAGUGAUAAAUUAUAUUACACCAGAGUUGAGCCAUUUAUCACGACAAAAACAUUUCAUUAGUAUCAAUAGAUUUAGAUGACUUGAAAGUUUGGUUGUGUUGUUUGUUUUUUCUUUUACUCUUCAACAGGCGCUGCCAAAAAGAGCCAUAUUACGAGCCUCACAAUAAGGAAUGGAUAAAGGAGAAUAUCUACGUUAUGUUAAGAAAGCAGGCUGGAAAAUGA